GCGGUGCGGUGCAGAGCGGAGGCGGAGGCGGGCGCGCGGGCAGCUCGCGGGCACCCGGCCGGCGGGCGCGGGAGCUGGAAAGGGUGCGCUAUGCCUUUAACGCCCGCGUACAGUAGACAUGUAUAGUGGAGUGUAGGGAAACUCUAGGCGGGGUUAAAGUUCAGCUCAUGGAGCGGCAAUAGCGCUGGCUGGCUGCAGUUGAGCCGAGUUGGAAAUGUGAACGCAAGAAGCAGGCUUGAUUUUUUUUUCUCCCCCCUUCUCUCUCUCUCCUCCUCUCUCCCUCUUUCUCCUUUCUCACCCGCACUCACGCACACCUCCAAACCGCACACCCAGACGCACACGCACACCCCACCGCCGGGCAGUGAUGUAUUCUCCGCUCUGUCUCACCCAGGAUGAAUUUCAUCCUUUCAUCGAAGCACUUCUGCCCCACGUCCGAGCCUUCGCCUACACAUGGUUCAACCUGCAGGCCCGAAAACGAAAAUACUUCAAAAAACAUGAAAAGCGUAUGUCAAAAGAAGAAGAGAGAGCCGUGAAGGAUGAGUUGCUAAGUGAAAAACCAGAGGUCAAGCAGAAGUGGGCAUCUCGACUUCUGGCCAAGUUGCGGAAAGAUAUCCGACCUGAGUACCGAGAGGAUUUUGUUCUUACAGUCACAGGGAAAAAGCCUCCGUGUUGUGUUCUUUCCAACCCAGACCAGAAAGGCAAGAUGCGAAGAAUUGACUGCCUCCGCCAGGCAGAUAAAGUCUGGAGGUUGGACCUUGUUAUGGUGAUUUUAUUUAAAGGUAUUCCGCUUGAAAGUACUGAUGGCGAGCGCCUUGUAAAGUCCCCGCAGUGCUCUAAUCCAGGGCUCUGUGUCCAGCCCCAUCACAUAGGGGUUUCUGUUAAGGAACUCGAUUUAUAUUUGGCAUACUUUGUGCAUGCAGCAGAUUCAAGUCAAUCUGAAAGUCCCAGCCAGCCAAGUGACGCUGACAUUAAGGACCAGCCAGAAAAUGGACAUUUGGGCUUCCAGGACAGUUUUGUCACAUCAGGGGUUUUUAGUGUGACUGAGCUAGUAAGAGUGUCACAGACACCAAUAGCUGCAGGAACUGGCCCAAAUUUUUCUCUCUCAGAUUUAGAAAGUUCUUCAUACUACAGCAUGAGUCCGGGAGCCAUGAGGAGGUCUUUACCCAGCACAUCCUCUACCAGCUCCACAAAGCGCCUCAAGUCUGUGGAGGAUGAAAUGGACAGUCCUGGUGAAGAGCCAUUUUACACAGGCCAAGGGCGCUCCCCGGGGAGCGGAAGUCAGUCCAGCGGGUGGCAUGAAGUGGAGCCAGGAAUGCCAUCUCCAACCACACUGAAGAAGUCGGAGAAGUCUGGUUUCAGCAGCCCCUCCCCUUCGCAGACCUCCUCCCUGGGAACGGCAUUCACACAGCAUCACCGACCUGUCAUUACAGGACCCAGAGCAAGUCCACAUGCGACACCAUCAACUCUUCAUUUUCCAACAUCACCCAUCAUCCAGCAGCCUGGGCCUUACUUCUCCCACCCAGCCAUCCGCUAUCACCCUCAGGAGACGCUGAAAGAGUUUGUCCAACUUGUCUGCCCUGAUGCUGGUCAGCAGGCUGGACAGCCCAACGGGAGUAGCCAAGGCAAAGUGCACAACCCAUUCCUCCCCACCCCCAUGUUGCCACCGCCGCCGCCACCACCGAUGGCCAGGCCUGUGCCUCUGCCGGUGCCAGACACAAAGCCUCCGACCACGUCCGCGGAAGGAGGUGCAGCGUCCCCCACCUCACCAACCUACUCGACACCCAGCACCUCCCCCGCAAACCGAUUCGUCAGUGUUGGACCACGGGAUCCAAGCUUUGUAAAUAUCCCUCAACAGACACAGUCCUGGUACCUGGGAUAAAAGUCGCAGCGUCCCACCAUCCACCAGACAGACCACCUGACCCCUUCUCAACUCUGUAACAUGGACGCAUCCUCAACCCAGCGCAGUUACAACUUCACUGUCACUGGAAGGGGAGAAUCAAAUCAACUUGUACAUGGAAACAGCGAGCAUUAUGGUCCAACAGCAAAGGCCAUAACCUUUUGGGAUUUUUUUUUUAAUACUUUAGGGACUGUUGUAAUUUUCUCAUAUGGUGCUGGAAAUGGUUGGGCUUUGUAACAUUUGAAGUGUUUUCCGUGGUAGCGUGAGCAUUAGGCGAUGCGGCUGGAGAAGGUCUACCCUUGCUCACUGACUUCCCAUUGUGACACACUUUCUUUACGGAGCCUGGCUGUUUCACAGUAUUUCAUGAAUUUACCCACACAGGUGUGAGCCUCCUUGAGCAGUCAGGAGACACAUGGAGAACUAAGUCUUUUGUAGUAGCUGAGAUCUGCAAUAUAUAACUUACGGGACAGUCAAAGGGCAAUGUUUUUCUGUAACAUAUUGGAAAAAGAAAACGCAGUUAUGUUCCUUUUUUAUUUUUUCUUUUAGUUCGGUUUGGUUCAGCAGUCAGCAGUUAACAAGAUAACAUGGCCCGGAAGGACAGUGAAUCCACUCACGUUGCAGAAUAAUUCCGAAAAUGGCAAACUACUACUACUACUAUUCAGUUUUUUAAAAGUUUUGAAAUGCUGCACUUACAUUUAAAAAAAAAAAAAAAAAAACAUUUUUUCAACAAUUUCAACAAUGACACACAAAUUCACAUGGAAAUGGGGAAGAUGGUCUGUUUUGACAGAAACUGACAGGAAUCAAUCAAAACAAUCGAAUUUUGAAUUGAGUAAAGUGCAAUUUCAUUGGAUAGCUAAAUAUCUUUGUAAGAUAGAGAUUGUUGAAAAUUCUAUUUUUGUUUUUCAAGUCCUUCCACCCCAGGACUCUAAAUUAUUGGGGUAAAAAACAGCCUUGCAAGGAAAAGGGGAGCUAUUUUUGCUUUUUAUGUUUUUUAUUGUUAAACUUGUAUCCCUUUAAAAACUGAAGGAAAAUUAAAAAAAAAACAAAAAAACAAAUCUAAUGGUGCUUUUACCACAAUAUGUUAACUACAUUAAAUGCUAAUUAAUUAUUUUCUGUUAUCAAAGCACAUAACUAAAAUGAAAUCAUGGUAUCUGUUAAUUUUAUAAGCUAGAAGUCACUAUAAUGGAUUAUGCCAAUUCUGAAAAUUUUUACAUGUAUCAGGCAACAUAGGAUUUAUCAGUUAUCAGACACUUCAUUGUUCCAGAGAUUGUCCAGAAAUUUUAAAGACCUUUGCGCCCCUGAACUGGGCUAUGGGAAAAUAAUAUUAAUAAUAAUAAUGAAACCAAUACUGACACAAAUGCUGGUGCCCAUUCAGAUCAAGGGUACUUGUUAGGGAAAAAAAAAAAAGUUUGCACCCCCAAAUGUCCUGUAUCUUAUGUAAAAAAAAAAAAAACCACAAAAAACGAACAAAAAAAUAACAAAAAAAAGUGCAAGUGAUUUUUCUACCAGACAGCGAAGCACCCCUUUGCUUCCCAUGCAACUUCAAGAAGGUUUCCUAUACUAUACAUAUAUAUACGUUCUGGUUGGCAAGCCCUGCUGAUCAGAGAAAGUCUCUGCAUGUUCUAGUGUUAGUAACUAAUUUUUAUAUAGCUAAUGUAGGAUAAAGUAGAGUGCAUUAAGACACAAUAUUGUAAUCCCUACUCUAGGCACUUGCCUUUAAACUAUGUUUUUCAGCCCUUCAGAAGGGUUCUACUACUGUCCUAUACAAUCAAGUAACUGAAAUUCUUGGGAAGACACUUUGCUCCUCAUCUUUUCCCCCCGAAACAAUGUUGUUUUGUUUUGUUUUUUUUCCUUAAUUUGCACGAAAACAAAAAUUCCAUAUCAAUGUGCCUUGCCCUGGAUAGCGAUUAUUUGUGGAAUUGUUGCACAUGCUCCUCUAUUGAAAGGGGUUUUUCCCUAGUCAAGCGUUUGGAGACACUUUUUGUAAAUGUGACUUUUACGUCAGCCAUUGUCAGUUUCAACAUCUAGAACUAAAUAGAGAGUUAGUUGUUCCGCAGAUAGGAGUAGUCUUUUUUGUCCUCUGUGGUCAGUGGCAGUGCUAUUCUGAGAUCUGUAGAUGCUUAGAAUAUCAGUAUUUUGGAUGUUGCUGCAUUUUACAAUUUAUUUGGAGUCUUCCUUUAUUCCCCUCCCUGCCCCCAGAUCUAUGAAAAUAUGCAAUACCUGCUUAUAUCGUGUAGAAAAGCUUAGCUAUGAUUAAUUUUUCUUUUAUUUUUUUUUAUUUGACCAAAGUCGGUGCUGCACUUGACGCAGUGUGUUUUAGGUGUCUGUCUUUGUACUUUAUUUGUGAUUUUUGAAUGCACGUGCGCAGGAAGGGCUCCUCUUAGAGAAGCAGUCAAACUGUGAAGCACUAAGCUGACCCUGCUUCAAGCAAUUUUGUUUUUACAACUGUUCCUUUCACAAGCAAGCCUUAAAAAAAAAAAGACAACUUCCCUUUUCUUCAGCUCCCACACCCCAUUUUUCUUAGCAGACUGCAGUCAAUCCACAUUCAAUACAAAGUAUAUAAUGCCCAUUUUUAUAUGCACGUUUUUAAACUUCCAAGUUCUGAAAAUUGUUUACUGGUUAUCUCUAUUUAAGGAAAAAAAAAUAAAAUAAAACAUUUUGGAUUUUCAUAUGUGUCUGAUAAGUGGUUGAAUAGUCGUUUGGCGCUGUUGUAUGGUGUGAUUGUCAGUAUAUGGUGUCACUUCCUCUAGCCAGCCAGCAUACUUUGCCUUCCCCUAUAGCACUUAGCUGGGCAUUACUUUAUUAUGACAUAUGUGCACUAAAAAAAGAAAAAAGAAAAAAAAAAGAAAAAAAAAUAGCAGCUUUCAGUGCUUCACAGUGAAGGGAAAAAAGCCUAGACAAACAUUUUGUCAGAACCUUGCGAUAAGCCAAGGUAUUACCAGUAAAUUGGUUGUAUAUACAAUAAAAUUGCACCCUUUUUUUAAAACAAAACAAACUAAGCAAUAGUUUGGGCAGUUUUAGUUGUUUUUAGUGAGCAUGUUGUAGUCAUGACUGCAAAGAGAGAGAUUAACUGCCCACUCAGAAGAUAUGUAAUUUGUAUUGUUGUAUAGUUUUAUUGAUUACACUGAUUUAUUCUACCCUAUUUUAUAAUGCAGGACUUUUGUAAUGUUGUUUAAAUGAGGAAAAAUUUCUGUCAAAUUAGCCUAGUGAAAUUUCUGAUUGUUCAUUAUAAAGGCAGCGUUCAUAGAAUGGCUUUUCUUUCUUUCCUGCCCCCCCUCCCUUUGGGAACUGGAUUUAAGUUUAAAACUUUCCUGUUUCCUUUUUUUUUUUUUGUAAGUAUUUAAAUACAGUUAUUUUUUUUCUCUCUCAAUGGUAUAGCAUAUUCCUAUGCUUGAGAAGUAUAGGUCUACUGAAAAACCAUUGUAAAUGGACGUUACAGGUAUGCUGUAUUUUUGAAGGUAUUUUGUUGUAUUAAGUUUGAUGAAGCUAAAAUUAGGGAACUCUGAACAGAUUUGCAGGAAAAAAAUGUUUUAAAGGCUUUAAAACAUUAGGGAGGCAGUCUAGGGUGAUAACGAACGGGGUUAAGUAUUAAACACACUAAGUUAUAUUUUUGUUCAUGUUUCAUUGUCCAGAAAGCAGCAGGAAACUGUAGUUCAGUUGUGAUCAAGCAGGAAAAAAGAAACACCAACAAUAUGAGUGUUUAACCUUUUUAGACUCAAAGUCAAGCGAAAAUUUUUGAGGAAGACUUUGCUACCUGGGGUGUGUAGACUGACAGACUGAGGGCCAUCCGUGUUUGAAGGCCCAGCCCUUGAUUCUGAGACCCAUUUGAACUUUUUCUCUCCCGUCAAAUGGCAUUAACAAUAUUGGCAAAGAUAAGUCCCUCAAAUAACUCUCCAUUUUCUUCUUUGGGAACUGAAGUCAGAGGCACAAACACUAAAUCAUAUCAUUUUUCUGUAUGCUUUUUUUUUUCUGGCCCGUCCCCUUGCCACUAAAACGCUCCUUGUCUGAUUAUUCAUGGGCAGAGGACCUCUUUCCAAUGCCGCCCUAUCCAUCCCACAGUCUUUUUCUUUCCUUUGAGGUUUGAACUAACUUUUCUGUUUCUUCACACCCUGGCAUGACAGUUAUUGUGUCAGCCCCUCCCUACCCCACAGUCAGGCGUGGGCUACGGGCAAGCCAAGGCACACUUCCCAAAGCUUAUAUUCUUCAUACUCUGACCAGUGAAGUGUAAAGGAACCCAGACUUCCCAGAGUCACAGUAUUCAGGCAGCCCAUCAGAAGAUGCAAAACCCAUCUCAAAAAGUUUGUCUUUCACUUUUCAAACCCUUAUCCUCAUAGGCUUUGAACUCUGUAGUUACAGUGUCAUAAAGUAUUUAUGAAAUCUGGAUUAAGAAAAAUUUUUUUUUCCUUGUGAUUGUUUUUUCUGGGGGGAGGGAGUUUCUAAGAAUGUCAUUUAAUGUACUUGGCAUCAUAUCUGUUUGUCCAUAGUGGUGGUGGUCUCUCUCUCUCUCUCUCAUUCUCUUUCUCUCUUUCUUUCUUUCUUUUUUUCUUUUUUUCCUGGUAGCAGGCCUCCAUAGAACAAAUUUAAAACACAACUGGCAUGGUAAUGUACAGAGAGCUUCAGUGGCACCUCACCACCCACCCUCCGAGAUCUGUCCUAAGACAUGAGACAGUCUCAGAAAGCUGCACUGCCCCCCAGCACAGCUUUCAUUCAAAUCAGCUUCCAAGGCCAAUUUCGUCCUGAAGUCAAUGCAUGUAUUUACUGUUUGACAGUAAACCCGCUCUGCCUUCUCCACGUCCAAGGCUGUGCAUUCGUCUAAUUAGUGUCGUGUAUGUUUUCCUUUUAUUUUUUCCAAUAAAAAAGCAGUGGGAUGAAAAUUGCUUUGAUAUAUAGCAGGUAACAUUGAAGCUAUUCCAUAGCACUUAACUGUAGUGAAUACUGUGUCACCAAUUCUGAAAUCAAUUUAAUGUUUAAUGCAAAUCCAUUACAUGGUGCUAUUACAGGCUGACAAAAUGAUUUACACAAAUGUGACAACUUGGGCUCAAUUCACUCUGCUUUCCAACAGUGUAAAUGCAUAGCAGUGUUUAUCUGCAUGAGAACUAUGCACUAAUCUAUCUGAAGAAAAACUAUAUCAACUUUGGUAUCUACUUUCCGUUUACUUCAAUCCUUGCCUUUUUGGUCAUUGUUAUAAUGCCAGCUUUAGGACAGAAAGAAUUAUAAGAAAACCAGCAUAAUACCUGAUAUAUUAAAAUGUAGUGCCUGUGAAAUCUGUAUUAUAUUGCUCUUCUGAAGUAAGAUUUUUCUACACCGGUAGCCUUCGCUGUCUGUCAGUCAGGACCUUCUGGUAUAGGUGAUGUAAAAUAACCGUACAAUAUUAAUGCAUGCUUUUCCAUAAUGCUUAGUGAACUGUAUGAAUAUUACUCAAAAUUAUGUUAGUCUUUUUUUCUGACUUGGUUCUUGUCAGCUAGGUUUAAAGGUAUUUCACUGAGAAUGCAAAUUCUGUCUUUUCUUGAUUUCGGCUGUUUUCAGUAUUUUGGAGGUAUACAUUUACUUAAUUCAGUAUUACUUGUGUUUUUGUUUUCGUUUUUGUUUUUUGUUUUCUUUUUCCUAGGGGACAAGCAUGGGUGUUUGAUUUCAGAAAUCAGUCCCUGGCAAGACUUUUGUCUCAAAACGACCAUUUGAAUUUCAAGAACUCUGCUCUGAAGACACUGAGGACAUUUCCAAAUGAGGGACAUUUUCCUUCACCCUCGACUGAGGCUUUGCUGAUCCUGAAGCGUUUUCUUAAUGGACAAUGUUCAGCCAGGUACCCAUGCUUGAUCCGUCUUCACACCAGACUUCCUCAUAUUAAAAGAAAAAAAAAAAAAAGAAAAAAAAAAUCUUUAUGAGAUCACGUGGCUAUUUAGUUUCAUGCACAGUUGCAAUAUUUUCUUCAAAAAUAAAACUCUGUACAAACUUUGGGCCCGAUUCAUAAGAAAAAGAAAUUGGCUAUUAACACGGGAUUUUAAAAAUAUAACUAUUUUUUUUUUUUGGUCUAAAUUUGAAAUGACUUGCUUCCCAAAUGAAAUGUUUCAUCUCAUUUUUUUUUUUUCUAAGCCAGCACUGAUCUGCCUUUUAUGCCCCAAAGGGUUACAUAAUCAAAUUAGGCGGCCGGGGAAAUGGGGAGCAGAUACCAGAAAUGCUCAGAAAGAUGAGGAGGACCACCUGCCCUUGAGCAUGGUAACGGGGGAGGCAGCAGCAUGUGGGGGUCAGGACCUUGCCUGUGUGCCAGGCAUCAUGAAUUUCCACUUGUGGACUCCUGACGCUAUUUACUUAAAAAAACACAAUUUCCGAAGUACGUCUGGACCACAAGCAUAUAUGGUGGAAGUGCCACCUCUAAUCCAACCAGAGCACCUUCAGGGUGGAAAAUACUCCCCAGGGUGUGCGAUGUGAACUUGUGUCUCUCCACAGUGGUUUCAAGGACAAAUGGUGUCCAAAGAAUGGGGCUAUUUUUCCUGCUGUUUUUAUGCUCAGCUUCUUAAAAUAACACAAGCUUUCUUCCCUUUUUGAUUCUAUUUGUGUUACUCUUAUUUUGUUAAUUUUUUUUAGUAAUAGUCUAUAAUUUAGCACUUUUUUUUUUUUUCAAA